AUGGUACGUAUGUUUGAUGAAGUUGUUCAACAUUUUGCUUCUGGUACGACAAUACACGGUGUUCCAAAGCUAUUGAAAGCACAGACUAUACAAGGAAAGAUAUUUUGGUCAGUGAUCUGCCUCUCAGCUUUAGGGGUAUUUAUAUUUGAACUUGUACUGCUACUGAGCAAAUACUUUGAACAUCCAAAGAGUGUCGACAUAAAGAUCGUACAGGAGCCUGUCGCUUUUCCAUCUGUCUCAGUGUGUUCUGUGUAUGCAAUAGACCCCUUCGUGAUACAUGAAAUAUACAAACUCAAAACUGGAACUCAAAAGGAUAGCGCUAUGGCAACGGAUGACGUGGGCUAUAGAUUUACGCGGGAUAUGUCAGGUGAAUUGGAUGACACACAGUUUGGUGUUGAGAAUGCGUUCAUUAAAUGGUAUCUCGAUGAUUUUAUAGAAAAGUCCAGUGAUUUUAUGGGAAAACAAGAGAAUAGAUUAGCUAUUAAACGUAUGCUGGGAAGUGAAGCUGAAGAGAAAUAUCGGACGAAAUUCUUGCCUUCAUUAGCGUCGAGACUUACUCUAACAGCCAAUAUGUUACACGAGCACAUUGCCUUUCCUGGUAUUAAGCCUAAAGAAUUCAUAGCCCUUUGUCGUUACGCUAGGAAAGAGUGUUCAUACAAACAUUUCACAACUGUGUUUGACCCGUACUAUUAUGAUUGUUUCACAUUUAACGCAUCCAUCAUAGCAGGUGCGCGUAAAACAUUGGCUGAAGGAAUUGAAAAUGCAUUGUCUCUCGUGAUGUACCUUCCCGAGCUACACAGAGAUUUGAAAUUCAACAAGAUGAAAACCCACCUCCCUGGUAUUUUAGGCCAUGACCUCCGCGACCCACUGUCCGGAAGUGGAGGAGUUCGCGUAGUGAUACACGCUCCUGGUACACAUCCGUAUCCGGCCACUGACGGAUUUGACGUAAUGCCAGGAAGUUCUGUCUCAAUAGGAGUAAAAACAACAGAAAACAUACGCCUCGGGUGGCCCUACGGUAAUUGUCAGAAAGAGGAAGAUGAUACAAUCCAAAUCCAACAAAAGACGAACACGUACAAAUACACAAUGACAUCGUGUCGGGAAAAAUGUAUACAAAGUAAUCUUUUGAUGAAUAAGCCCAAAGGUUGCGAAUGUCUCGAUGUAAAUCUGCCUACGUUUACUGAAGUAGAACACGGUGAAUAUUGCGCUCGGUUUGAUGAUGUACCCAAACAUUGUCAAAACAAAACUGAAUGUGCGGAACUGAAGGCAAGAUGGUUAAAACGUAUGAACUGUAUGCACGAUAAAGAAGCUAAUAAUAACUCUUUAGUCGGAGAAUGUAACUGCCAUCCUCCAUGUGAGGAUGUGGACUACGAUUUUUUCUACAGUAGUACACCGUGGCCGGAUGCCAAUUACGUCAAUGGCGUCUACCGAGAUCUCUUCAUCUCGCACAAGUUCCAGGAUAAUUUUGACAAUGCACAGAAAAGGACUGCUUACUUUGGUGAUAAGAUAGAAUCAGAUCUAGACAACGAGGGGAGAAUUAAGAAAACGGUUGGUAGACUUGCCCGACUAAAUGUAUAUCUAUAUGAUACGAAUGUCGUUAAGAUAACGGAGAACGAAGACUACACGGGGAUACAGUUGAUUUCAGAUGUUGGUGGACAACUCGGACUCUGGCUAGGGGUCUCUAUUAUCACCCUCACUGAAGUCUUUGAGCUUAUCGCACACAUAAUACAUAUAGUGUGCAAAAGAGACGACAAAAGAGACGUGGAUGUUCAACAUGAAGAGCUGGAUUAUCAAAGACUUCCAAUUCCUGAAAUACCGCACAAUAAUGAAUAAUUUGCACUUAAACCGUUGUUAAUGAUUAUGUAUUAUUGGUCAAAUGACUGUUGAUUCAUCAGAUUCUACUAGCUCAGAAAUUCUAGUGAAUGGAACUUUUUCAAAUAUUUUUCACAGAACCGCCAGGCAAAGUAACCUCAAACAUAUUGCAAGUAAUGUAUUUCAUUUUCAAAAAUCAAUUAACCAUAAUUCUUAGAAUUCGAACCUCAUGUAAAGCAACAUAUUUUUCAAAGUAAGCAAAGUCUUCUACAAUAAAUUGUGUCACCCUGUAUGCUACAAAAGUGAUUUAAGCCAACUUAUGUUUAAUUAUUGAACGCUUUUAGAAAUUGAAUAAAUCAUCAAUUAUAGUAAGAUAGCAUCCGAUUUUAGAAUUUUUAAUCUAUAUGAAGAAUUUAA